UUAAUUAAGAAAAAUUUGCCUAGGAACAAAUACGACUGCGUACCUGUUAAAAUACUACGACAGGGAAGCAAGGAGACGGUGGUUCACCGUAUCAAAUCUGGUCACGUCACCAGAGAGGAGGCUGACCCCUCCUCUUCACCGUCUAGCACAGUUGAUAUUGAGGAAAUCUGUACCCGGAGUAGAACGGAAACAGCUCAGUUCCAGGAAAAUUUUGAAGUAUACAUGCAGACCCUGAUCUCACAGUGCCUAGAUCCUAAUUUUCUCAACGAAAUAUUUACGGAGCAAGACGAGUAUUUUGUGUCCAACAUUGAGAGAGUGGACAGCGUAACGCUUCUUAGAAAAGAUAAACUCUUCAUUGGAACAUCUUGGACAAUUGGGUUUCAGAAUGCAUUAACAGUUUGGCCUUGUCUGGAUGAUCUUGGAGCUGAGGCCUGUACCUCCACUGUAUGCGGGGGAUGUGAAAAAUCAAAGGCAAGUACAAUGAUACAACUGUACGGUCAACCUUAUCAUCCUAAUACACUGUGUGCAGUCCCUCCUGAUACAGAUGCCAUCAUGAAUAGGAACUUCUCUGUUUGUGGACUAUGUGCCCGAUUAUGUCAGCUUUAUCAUAAACUACAUCAUCAGAAAUAUCAGCUAUUUGUAACCUGCAGUGAUAUUGUGAAGAGUAGAAAGGACGGAACCCCUGGAAUUGAUACUACGAACAUAUUAAAUGAACUCCUGGCUGAUGAUGCAUGGUUAGAACAGCAAUUUAAAGUGAUGCAAGAUCUCUGGGCUGAUGCGGACUCUUUUCAGAAAUAGAUCUGGAAAUAUUUUAUUUAAAAUUUUUUGAAUAAAAAUGCUCCGGCCGUGGAGACCCUGUGUUGAUCGUAUUUGUACUCUAUUUAUCUGUGAUAAAAUUACGCACGGGUUUAAAACCGUUAGUCAG